UGAUAAUGCGAUAGUGUUGGUCUGUGCUUAGCACUUGAUAAAAGAUAGCGGUGACUGAACAGAUGCCAGUACUCACCCGCAGUUCGACCUGUCGGUUAAUCGGUCCCGCGUACUCGCCCCGUGUUUGCAUCCACGCACAUUACAUAGAAAGUGACACGGACGGGAUCGCCAACGAAUUUCGACGCCCGUUCCCUUUUAACGAGUUAUCUCACGAUCCGACGAAUAAUGAAUUCAGGUGCGUUUGGUGCGAUGACAAAGUUAUAGAAGUUUCGAAGAUGAGAGGAAGCUGCGAGAUCUGGUCCAAUCGUUUGUCCAUCAUCCGAGAAAAUCGCAUUGCACGAGGUUCCAGGUCAGCGAAACAAGUCCUUUCGGUAGGAUGAUAACUGCGAUCAAAAGGCAGUACUACUUCAAGAAAAUCCGCUGCAAAUCUUGAUUAUCAACGAGGCGAUCAUCCGAAUCUGAUCUUCGACAAGCUUGAAUGAAAUUCGAAUCGACGAUGUCCAAUCAUGAUUAAGAUAUUAGACAGUGUUCUAGCAGCGCAGUUAAACAUCGAGAGAUAAGAGGAAUCGUCGGGAAGAAGAGAAGGAAUCAUCGUUGUCUGGACAAAAGGACAUCGUCUAGGCUCUCGACUCUCAAGCCGAUUUGAAUUGAACUUGACGAGGACGUGUGAUUGCAAUUGAAACUCAAUUGGAAUACCAAAGAAACAGGCUUCCUGGCGAAUAAUGACGGGCACCCGGUGGACUCGGACUCGAGCUCGGCCUAAAGGCGUGCACCACCAAAGCGAGCGUCAUACUACAGCCUCGAAUCAUGCAUGAUGAGUAGCGCGACUAGGCUCGAUGAGGAUUGGAUGAGAAUGGUCGAGUUACGAGGUGGUACCGGAAUGACGAGCGGGUUGAGCGCGCGUUCAUCCAGUCGUCUCCAUUACAUGAUACUCACGAUUUUGGACACGGUGUUCUCUGCCACUGUGGCCGCACCAGCCGUUGUCGGUUACUGGAGAGGCACCUGGGGCCUCAGCGACGUCUACGUCUACCCGAAGGACCCGGUGCUGAGCAGCCUGACCUCGAUAGUGAUCGGUUUCGUGGGGUUGUACGCGUUCAACGUGUCCCAGAACAUUCUCAAUGAGAUUCUGCACCCGGACAAACACAGACUCUCGUACUAUAUUGGCUCUAGGUUGUACACGGCCGUGUUCGGGUUUUGCUGCGUAAAUGCAUGGCGCGGCGCGUGGCAGGCCCUCGACCUGUACACGGAACACACGGCGAGCACCGUUUUCGCAACAACCGCGGUCAGCUUGCUCGCACUGGCCAUCAUGCGAGCCGUCAGAAACAUUUCCGCGCCGCCGUUCUCGCUUUGCUUGGAUUCGUGUCCGGGAUACUUCGAAGUACAGACCAUGUUCCGCGUGAACGAAACAAGUGUCGAGAAAUGUCAUGAGAAGUUAAAAAAUAAUACAAACACGAGGGACUGGUUGUUAUACUUAUUGGACUGUGCCUUCAGCGUCGGAGUGGUCGGUACGCUGGUAGUGUUUGUAUGGAGAGGUGCCUGGAUACUUUUCGAAAUCUACCUAUUCCCCGAUGAUCGAAAGUAUUCCGCCAUCGGAUCCCUUGCCAUCGGAUACGUGAUAGUGACUGUGACGUUCUCGCUGCAACCGUUAAUGCGAUACGUGUGCGCCCGUCUUCAAGGCUUGGCCCGUUUGAUAGCGGCGGACGGAUUCCUCUUGCUUAGCUUCCUGGGCACGGUAAACGUUUGGCGCGGCAUCUGGACCGUGCUCGAUAUAUGGCUAGUGCCCGAAAACAAGGAAUUAUCCUGCUGGAUCACCCACGUCGGAUGCUUUGUGUUCCUUGUACUUCUUAACUGCAGCAACUCGAUUCUCGUUCGCGGCAUUUAUAUCGACGCCGAGGAGGAUGACGGCAAAUGCGUCGCAUUCCCUUGCCACUAUCUUCGAUUAUUCUUCAAGGUCGAACGCGAAAGGAAGGAAGCAAGACGACGAAAUCUGCUGGUCGCCUCGAAGGACUUCCGACCUCGGCCAGACGGCAACGCCAAAGACACGGAAAACGGAGCACUCUUGCCUAACAGCACUACCACCACUAUCCUACCGUCAAACCCGGAAUCUCUCGUCUAAUUUCAAAGGACAGCACUGCGAAUAUUUCUCACGUCAGAUCGUCGUACAGCAUCGAAACGAACAAACGAAGACGAAAUCGUCGGGAGGACAAAGGAUUUCAAGUCCCAGAAGAUGAACCGUGCUCUCAAAAUCAGUGACGAUGGUGAAGUGAAACUUUCCGCGGGCUUCAUAUUGAAGUCGUCGAGAAAUUUAUUAAAGCAUUCACAACUAUGUAAUAGAAUAGGUAGACCGAAGACGAGGUAGACAAGUAGUCGCGAUAGCCGUAUAGAUCGACAGAUAAACGUAUGUAGAUAGACACGCAAAAUAUACGCUUAGGGUACCGAUUUAAAUUAGACGAACAAACCGAUUGACGAGGAAACGAGAGGAUCCGAGUCGGAUGAUGGAUUCCAGUGAAUGGCUGUGAACGAGUGCGAUUAUAAAUCGUGAAACGCGUUUGUACAUAAGGGACGAAGAGGAUAUUGUAUGUACAUAAUUGUAUCUAUGCGUCUAAUCGUGUAACCGAACUAACAGCGCGCGUCCUUGCAAUUGAGUCGACGAAGGCCGUGACGAAACGAAGGAGGAACACGUUCUUCGUCUACGCAAGGGUGUACGCACACGCAUCAGUUGCGUGUUGCAACGUAAAUCGCACACUGUACGCGUGUGCACGCGUACGUAUCUAUAGACACGUGCACGCACGCGAUUACGCAAUGAUUCAUUCAGAAUGAUUUCGUGUGACAAAUCGUGCGCCUUGAUUCGAGUUCGUCAGACCGGAUCAUUUUGUAUACGUAUCUCGUGGGACGUUAAUUUAAAUGUAUGGACGAUUCAACGAGAGUUUAACUACUGAAAGUAUCGAUUAUCCGUAAACCGUAAACUCUAACGCGAUCGAUUUAUUAUUAUUAAUAAAGACUCGUUGUUACUUCAAA